CAUUAAAUCCCAAUCUUAAAGUUCAAUUUAUCUAGGGACAUCCGGCAGGGUGCGAAGGCAGUUGGGAGUAGCCAAUCAGUAUGUGUCACCCAUCACCAGAGCCAAUAAUGUGGCAGUACGCAAGGAGAGGAGUGGGCUAAUAGAAGGGUGGGUUACACCUGCGUAAUGUUGUUAUCAAUUGGUGACCAGUGUUAUAAGAAGAGUGAAAGUUAUUGGGAUUAGCAAAAGGAAGAAGAGGUAAAAAGGUGAGAGAAUGAAACGUGAGGCCAGGAGAUAAAAAUCCAGUGGGCACAAGGGGAGGGAGGAAGCUAAACUAGGAGUUGGAAAAUUAAGAAUUGAAUGAAGGUUUUUAAGUGGUGUGUGUUGGGAGAAAUCUAAAAGUAGUAAAAUAGAGGAAAAAGAGGUAAGGGAUAUACUGGGCAAAGGACGACUUUAGUGCUUAGGGAAAUACAUAGAUUGAGAACAAAAGAAAAUGAGAAUUUCAGAAAGAAUGUGAUGGAGUGUAAGACAAGGGCAGGAGAGAAGAAGAUAAAAGAGAAAAGAAGAGGAGAGUGUGAACGAUACAGACACUGAGCGAGUCAGCCAGUCAGACCUGAAAUAAGAAAUGAGAAUUUGAGAGAGACAUUGAUGGAGUAAAAGAUAGUGACAGACAUAGGGAGAAAAUACAAGGUGAGAGAGGGAACGAGAAUAAAAAGGGAGACCAGGCGGAACACAGAGAAUUCAGUCAGUGGAAUAAGAAGGAAUGUAAAAUCAAGACGAGGUGAAUCAAUAGGCAAUCAGGGGGAACUAGAAGAAAAAAGAAAACCACAAAAGCAGAAACAGAGGAAAGGGAUAGCUAGAGAUCAGCAGGGAACAGAAACUGGUGGAGGCGUCCAAUAGAAUGGCAUGCAAUAUAUUGCAGGUACAAUAAAAGUCUGCUAUAACCACUUUAUUCUGGGGGUUCAGUGCACAUCUUUUUUUUUAAUCCCAUAUAAGGAAACUUUAACUUGGAGGCAGAUUUAAGGAGGGCAUAUAGGCUGAGAGUCUGGGGCAACAUACAACCACUUGUUGUUGGUUCCCAGACCUAUUCCAUGGGCUAGAUUAUUAUUAUUAUUAAGAUCCUCAACUCUCCAUCGCUAGUUCCAUGUUGAGAGAGCAGAAGGCCUAAAGACACCUCAAGAAGUAUGGAGACCCAUCAUCCUGGAGCAUUUUUGCUCCCAUCCUACUCUGAAAUGAAAUCUUCUGGAUGCCAGUUUCCGACACAUACUCCCUUCCACAAAUUAAACCCCUCUGUAUUAGGAUGUCAUCUGCCAUCAGGGACACCACAUUGCAUUUCAGACAUACUUAGCAGACCACUGCCUGCUUCACAUAGCGGGAUGUUCCCAGGAUACCCUACAGUGCAAGGAUAUGGAAGUUCUUCAUUACCUGGGAGUUGUUAUGGAGAACAGGGCAGCAUUUUGACAAAGAGUGGGUCCACAUACUCCAACCAGAGCCGAGGAGGUUGGACAGACAUUGACCAGGACUGGAGAGGAGGAAAUCGAGCUCUGGGCAGUGCUAGCAACACAGACGGAUCUUCCCGAAAGAAGCACACACGCCCCACAUUCACAGGCCACCAAAUCUUUGCUUUAGAAAAGACUUUUGAGCAAACGAAAUACCUAGCGGGACCAGAACGAGCCAGGCUAGCCUUCAGUCUAGGAAUGAGCGAGUCCCAAGUUAAGGUUUGGUUUCAAAACAGACGUACUAAAUGGCGCAAAAAAAGCCCAGUGGAAACCCCGGGGCUUCCUUCUCUGAGUACUCAAGCCCCCGGAGACCUAAUCCCAUCUGAGAAUGAGGAUGAUGAAUACAGCAAGCCACUGGAUCCUGAUUCAGAUGAUGAAAAGAUCCGCCUGUUACUUAGAAAACACCGCGCAGCCUUCUCUGUGCUGAGUCUCGCAUCCCACAACCUGUAACCACAACUCAACAAUUGUUACUUACACCCUGCCCCACAACCCGCAAUCACUAAAAAUUACCCACCUAAACCGUUGCCAAUGAAAAAAACGUCAAAAUACCAUUUUGAAGGGGUUGUUCACUUUGAAAUUACAUUUUAGUAUGAUGUAAAGGGUGA